UUCUACGCUAAUGCUAUAUUUUGACUUUAUCGAUUCACCAAGUCACAUUCAGUCUUCCUUUACAAUCAGCCUCUCAACUUAUCUGCUUGGAUUGCAAUUAUCAACAUGAGAUGUUGUCUUGUACAGGAAUUUUAAAUCAGCUUAAAAAGCAAAUACUUCUAAUAACAAAGCACACUAAUCUCAUAGAAGACCCUGAGAAUCAGAUUUUUCUCAAGUAUCCGUCAGUUUUGAGCUAUUUACUAAUUUUGCACGUUUAUCAUUGUCGUUAAGACGUCUUUGUCAUGUCUUGGAAAGGAGAUCAGAAUGAGAAAAAGAAUGGCAAGACACAAAUUGACGUCAGUGAAUACGAGAAGGGAGUGGUAAUUGACAUUCCGAGCGGCACCAAGUAUACAUCAAGCCUGUCGCUUGUAGAAAGGAUUGGUCGAAGGAAACUGCUACCUCGCCAAGUGUCUAUGAUUGGUAUCGGUGGUGCCAUUGGAACUGCCUUGUUUGUUUCAAUUGGGUCGAAAAUUAUACAAGGGGGUCCAGCAUCACUGCUAAUUGCGUUUUGUCUUUGGUCUGUUGUUUUCAUUGGUCUGUCACAAUCUAUGUGUGUUAUGGUUACAUACUUGCCAGUAACAGGUUCAUUUGUGCACUUUACCGAGCGCUUCGUUGAUGAAUCUAUUUCUUUUUCAGUUGGUUGGACCUACUUUGUUUGUCAAGCCGCCAAUGUUUGCUUUGAAAUUACUGCCGUUUGUUUGGUUAUUGAAUACUGGACUGACCAAAUUCCAAAAGCAGCAAUUAUCUCAAUCUUGAUUGUAGUAUUUGCUGCAUUAAAUCUGUACUCUGUUUUCUUCUUCGGUGAAGGUGAAUUCUAUUUGUCUUUAGGAAAAGUUAUUUUGGCACUUGGUUUGAUUCUAUUCACUAUAAUAGUUAUGUGCGGAGGGAACCCCCAUCACGAAGUUUUGGGAUUCAAAUAUUGGAAAAACCCGGGUGCGUUUGCCGAAUAUCUUGGCACCGGAUCCAUCGGAAAAUUCCAUGGCUUUAUGGCCUGCUUGGUGUUCGCUCUUUAUGUCUUCUGGGGUGUCGAUUAUCUUGGUAAUGCAGCUAGUGAAGCAAUGAACCCAAGAAAAGUUAUUCCACGAGCUUUUAAAAAAGUAUUCGGGAGACUUAUUGUGUUCUAUAUUGGAGGUGCCAUUUGUGUCGGCGUUUUAAUUCCCUACAAUGACAGUAACUUGAUUAAAGCCUUAAAUGAGGGCGCUACCGGAGCAGGUGCCUCACCCUAUGUUUCUGCAAUGACGACCCUUGGCAUUCGUGUUCUUCCCCACAUUGUUAAUGUCUUAAUUUUGAGCUCAAUUAUCUCCGCCGGCAAUUCUUCUCUAUACUCUGCAUCUCGCGUCCUUCAUCGACUUGCGCUUGAAGGACAUGCCCCGGCCAUAUUCAAGCGCAUUACGAGACGCGGAGUUCCGAUUUACUGCUGCCUCGCUGUACUAAUAAUUUGUUGUCUUGCUUAUUUGGCUUGCUCAAACAGCACAAACAAUGUAUUAACUUGGUUUCUCAAUGUAGAGACUGGUGCUAUGGCUAUUGUUUAUAUCUUUAUUUGUGUUUGUUACUUGCGUUUUGAGCAAGGAUGCAAAACUCAAGGACUUGAUAUAAAGUCUCUUCCUUACAGUUCGAAGUUUCUUCCCUAUUUAACGUGGCACUCACUCUUUUGGUUGACAUUGAUGUUGUGGGUCAGCGGUUAUACUGUAUUUCUUAGGGGAAAUUGGAACUUUCAGAAUUUUGUAUUCUCUUAUUUUAUGAUUCCGUUCUUUAUUAUUUUAUUUGUGGUCCACAAAUUCGUCCGCAAGACUAAAUUCGUCAAAGCUGAAACAAUGGACCUAACUACCGGUUUGGAUCAAUUUGCCGAGGAGGAUGAGUAUUGGGCAGAGAACCCCCCGAAACUCAAUUGGUUUGACAAAGCAUUUGGCAAAUUUUUAUAGAUAUACUUAUUGCACAUUCAUUCAUUUAUGAAAAGUAGUAGUUAAUAUUUAAUUUGUAUCAGCGCGAAAUCGCACUUUUCGGCAAAUGCACCGUUAAAUUCCGCUCUUUUUAAGAUUUAAAGUUAGAUUCGCGCUGUUUUUGUU